UUUAUUAUUUCAGAGAGUGUAUGUGGAUAAGUGUGUUUGUACUGUUACAGCUGUCACUUAGUUUGAUUUUACCUAAUGACAUUCAUGAAUUUAAUUUUAUGUGUAGCCUAUCUUAAAAUGUUGAAGGGACACUGUACAUUUGACAGAUUUCAUUUUUGACGGGUUUGUAUUGAACUUUGUGUUCGUAUUUCAUUGGAUCCUCUGGGAAUUUUCUCUUGUUGAGAUCAGUCAACUCCGCCUCCUACCUGCCAAGCGCUCACAGUUACUGCUGGUAAGAGCAUCGAUGCGCCCGGUAUUCGCGCUCUUCUGUUGACAGCACGCACUAACUGGCUUUUAAAGUUAGACGUAAGACCAGUAAUCUAGUAUAUUUUACCAAUAAAAAGAUACACUAACGUUUCACGAUUCACGAUUCAGUCAAGUGAAAUUCUUCAGCAUCGUGAACACUAAACGCUCUUGCAGAAACGAGUACGGACAGUUUGAGACUGUGUGGGGAAAAGAUGCUAAACAUCAAGAAGUUGUGGAUAUAAACGGACAGAAGAACAGAGCUUAUUCCUAAUAUCCUAUGGCUUGAAGUUUCAGGCUUCUUUCCUGGCACAUGGAAUUCCUCACAGAGUAUCCCUACAAUGACACUUAUUAUGACAAUGGGACCGGGUCCCUCAACAGCACAAGCUGUGAGGCCAAGCAUCAGUAUAACUACUAUGCCCUGCUCCUGACUCUCCUCAUCUUUGUCAUUGUCUUCGGCAAUGUGUUGGUGUGUAUGGCAGUCUCUCGAGAGAAAGCGCUGCAGACCACCACUAAUUACCUCAUUGUCAGCCUGGCGGUGGCAGAUCUUCUCGUGGCCACAUUAGUUAUGCCCUGGGUGGUGUACCUUGAGGUGGUGGGGGAGUGGCGUUUCAGUAAAAUCCAUUGUGAUGUGUUCGUCACCCUUGACGUCAUGAUGUGUACAGCCAGCAUUCUUAAUCUGUGUGCCAUUAGUAUUGACAGGUACACGGCUGUUGCUAUGCCGAUGUUGUACAACACACGCUACAGCUCCAAGAGACGAGUCACGGUAAUGAUCUCGGUGGUUUGGGUGCUUUCAUUCGCUAUUUCCUGCCCUUUGUUGUUUGGAUUAAAUAACACAGCUACACGGGAUGAUACCAUGUGUGAAAUUGCCAACCCCGCUUUUGUUGUCUACUCCUCCAUCAUGUCAUUCUACGUGCCCUUCAUCAUCACCCUUCUUGUGUACGUGCAGAUCUAUGUGGUUCUUCGUAAGCGUCGAAAACGGGUCAACACUAAACGGAGCUGCCAGAAGACAGACGCUGAUGCUAAGCCCCCUCUCAAGGAAAAGUGCACACAUCCUGAAGAUGUGAAACUGUGCACAGUUAUCAUUAAGACCAAUGGAGGUUUACCUGCCAAAAACAAGAAAGCACAAUUAAUAAAGGAAGUCCUGCACCAGGGUGCUGAUGUGAGGGUGGACGUUACGCCAGGCACAAGCUCUCCAGAGAAAAAUAAAUUGGAAUCCACUCUGGUCGUCGAUCUGCUGGCCAACCCAAGCCCCAUCCAUGGCCCGCUUUCCCACAUUGAAUGUCAGUCAAAUGGAGAUGAUAAAAAUGGGCAUGCCAAGGAGGUUCAGACCCCUAAAGAAGCCAAACUUGUUGAAACACAGGCACUGCACAAUGGCAAAACCCAAACUACAUUGACCAAAACCAUGAGCAAGAGAAAGAUGUACCAGCAUAAAGAAAAGAAGGCUACACAAAUGCUGGCUAUUGUUCUAGGUGUUUUCAUUAUUUGCUGGCUGCCCUUUUUUAUUACUCACAUUUUGAAAACUCACUGCACAAGCUGCGUGGUGCCACUGGAAAUGUACAAUGCCUUCACUUGGCUGGGAUAUGUGAACAGUGCCGUCAACCCCAUCAUAUAUACCACUUUCAAUGUGGAGUUCAGAAAGGCUUUCAUAAAGAUAUUGCACUGCUGAGGACAUUAUUCACUGCAUGCAUAUAGGAGGAAAGAUGGAGGAUUUCACAAGAGGUUAGUGCCAUCUUUCACCGCUAUGGGAAAUGAGGGAUUUACAAAGCCAUGCUUUUAGGGCAGAACGGAUGAAUUCAUUUGAGAAAAUGGAAGUUCAAAUUAAUGUAAAAUACAGUUUUUUUUGUGUGUGUCUCCAUGAUUUCUGGCAGUGGAGUGCAUGUGCGAACGGGUGUUUAUUCUCUUUGGAACUAUAGUGUGAAUGUAAUUAAUUGUAGAAUUGAAGCAAAUUUGAGAUGGUGAGUAAUUGGAUCUCACCACAGAGACUUUAUGCAACCAGGGACCUGAAUGUCAUAAUUACAUCAUUAUGUUAAGUUAGUGAGGAGCAUCUGGUAACAAUCUAUUUAUUUGUUUGAGAAUCUGUUAAUAAAGAGAUAUCAACUUUAAAGACAAAUAAAUAAGGUGAACAUGCCAUUUACGGUUUUAUAAAGCCAUACUAAAGGUGCACUCAGUAAUGUUUUGUUUAUGUUGCACUUUUAAACAUAUAUUGACAACCAGGAACUGGAUCGCAGAAUAAUAAAAAUUUAAAAGAACAGUUAAUCCAAAAGAAAACAUUCACUGAAAAUGAUUUCACCCUCAGGCUAUCGGAGAUGUAUUUGAAUUUGUUCCUAUAUUGGAACAGACUUGGAGAAGUUUAUUAGCAUUACAUCACUAGCUCAUCAAUGGAUCCUUUGCAGUGAAUGGGUGCCAUCGGUAUGAGAGUAUAAACAGCUUACAAAAACUUUAUGAUAAUCCAAAGCAGGACUCCAGUCCAUCAAUUAAUGUCUUGUUCAAUUCAAGUUUAUUUGUAUAGAGCUUUUUCGAAACAAAUCGUUGUAAAGCAACUUUACAGAAAACUAUUUUUACAAUAUUUAGUAGCUUUGUAGUAAUUUCUACAAA